AUGCACUCUCUACCGUAUGCCAAUUAUCCGCCUUUUAUCAGUCGUGAGCAGGAAGAAUACGUUCUAAGCACUAUCAAGGACUGGUCCAUUCAGCAUGGUCUGACGGUGAGGCCAUCGUCCUCAUUUGUACCUGGGGAGGUAGACAAAUCUGGGGUGCUUGCAACGACAGCGCCUGUCACGCUCUUCCCGAGUCCUUUCCCAGAAUCCUGCUUCCGGCAAGCACAUUUCCUUCAGACCACCUACAAUGAGCUUUACGCAGCAAUUAGUAAUGAUGAGGUGUGGAUCGAGGAGGUCAUGAAAGGGCUCAUUGAAGUGGAUGAUUUUAUCAAAAACCUCUGGAAAGUACACCAGUCCGUCAAGGAAGAGGGUUAUGUUCAACAACUGUCACUCGGCCUGUUUCGCUCCGAUUACAUGCUCCAUGCACCGUCAAGUCACGAGCUACCCUCUCUCAGACAAGUGGAAUUCAACACUAUCUCUUCCUCAUUUGGUGGCCUUUCUGCCCUUGUCACUUCUCUACACACACACCUUCUAACGUUCACGGAUCCCUCUGCUCACCUAGCCUACCCAAACCAUCCUUUGUUCGAAGCAAGGGAGGCUGGAUCAGCAAAUUCAAAUUCGCAGGCUUUGCCAUCAGAUGCAACCAUCAACGUGCCACCAGUCAAUGAUGCUGUGCAAGUCCUACAAACCGGCCUAUCAGCCGCUCAUGAAGCCUAUGCCUCCUCCAAAUCAGAACCCAAAUUACCUCUCUGUAUCCUAUUCCUGGUUCAGGACCACGAGCGCAAUAUUUUCGACCAGCUCGCCCUCUCUUCGACUUUGAAAUUCCCGGUUUUCCGCCUGCUGACCAGUCAAAUCCUCUCACACACUUCCAUCGACCCAGACAACCACCUGAGACCUCUCGUAUACACACCUCCAUCCUCCCCCGCAACCCGCUUCGAGGUGACAACAAUCUAUCUCCGUGCAUUAUACGCACCAGCCGAAUACACCUCCGCCGAAUCAUGGUCCGCCCGUCUCCACCUCGAACGGUCCGCAGCCAUCAAAUGCCCCGGCGUACUCAGCCAACUCGCCGGCUGCAAGAAAGUGCAACAGGUGCUCACCUCCAUCUCGCCUGACCAUGUCCGUCGAUUCCUCCCCAACGCCUCCCAAAGCACACUAUCCUCUCUCCGAUCAACAUUUGCCCCACAAUACGACCUAAAUCCCAACUCCGAAGGUCUCGCCAUCGCUCUUGACGAAUCACGAGCAGCAAAUCACGUGCUAAAGCCCCAACGCGAAGGCGGCGGGAACAACAUCUACAGAACCGCCAUACCUGGCUUCCUGAAGUCUCUCCCAUCAAAGGAACACUAUCGCUCCUACAUCCUCAUGGAACUGAUCCACCCCCCCGCAGAGGCUAAGAACACGGUCCUCCGCUCCGACGGGACGGUCAUUAGUGGGAACGUGAUCAGCGAGCUUGGCGUCUUUGGUGCGUGUCUGUGGAGACAGGGUGAGCGGACUGGAGAUGGUGCCACAAGGAGCGGGUUCGAGAUCUUGCAUAAUGAGGGGGGAGGGUAUCUGAUGCGGACGAAGGGGAAGGAUAGCGAUGAAGGGGGUGUGGCAGCCGGGUUUAGUUGUUUGGAUAGUGUGCUUCUGUAUUGA